AUGGCCGAGGAUGUGAUGGUGAAUCUGGGACAGACUUGCAACACAGUUAACAAGCACAAGCCAUGGCUCGAACCGACCUAUCAUGGAAUUGUUACGGAGAACGACAACACGGUGCUGCUUGAUCCUCCCCUCAUCGCCCUGGAUAAAGAUGCCCCUCUGCGUUUUGCAGAGAGUUUUGAGGUGACAGUCACCAAAGAAGGUGAGAUCUGUGGCUUUAAAAUUCAUGGGCAGAAUGUCCCUUUUGAUGCAGUGGUAGUGGAUAAGUCCACGGGUGAGGGGAUAAUUCGUUCAAAAGAGAAACUGGACUGUGAGCUGCAGAAAGACUACACAUUCACCAUCCAGGCCUAUGACUGCGGGAAGGGACCGGAUGGCACCGGCGUGAAGAAAUCUCACAAAGCAACUGUCCAUAUCCAGGUGAAUGAUGUGAACGAGUAUGCGCCCGUGUUUAAGGAGAAGUCCUACAAAGCGACUGUUGUGGAGGGGAAGCAGUAUGGCAGCAUCCUGAGGGUGGAGGCUGUGGAUGCAGACUGUUCCCCUCAGUUCAGCCAGAUCUGCAGCUAUGAGAUCAUCACUCCGGACGUGCCGUUUACUGUGGACAAAGAUGGUUAUAUAAAAAACACAGAGAAGCUAAACUAUGGGAAAGAGCAUCAGUACAAGCUGACAGUCACUGCAUAUGACUGUGGGAAGAAGAGAGCCACAGAAGAUGUCCUGGUGAAGAUCAGCAUCAAGCCCACCUGCACUCCUGGGUGGCAAGGCUGGAGCAAUAGGAUUGAGUAUGAGCCUGGCACAGGAGCUUUGGCUGUCUUCCCAAACAUCCACCUGGAGACAUGUGAUGAGCCAGUUGCUUCGGUUCAGGCCACAGUGGAAUUGGAGACCAGCCACAUAGGGAAAGGCUGUGACCGAGAUACCUACUCUGAGAAAUCCCUUCACCGGCUCUGUGGGGCUGCUGCUGGCACGGCCGAGCUGCUUCCCUCUCCCAGCAGCUCCUUGAACUGGACCAUCGGACUCCCUACCGACAAUGGCCAUGAUAGCGACCAGGUAUUCGAGUUCAAUGGCACUCAGGCAGUGAGGAUCCCAGAUGGCAUUGUGUCCCUCAACCCCAAAGAACCCUUUACAAUUUCUGUGUGGAUGCGGCAUGGGCCUUUUGGCCGGAAGAAGGAGACAAUUCUCUGCAGUUCAGACAAAACAGAUAUGAACCGACACCAUUAUUCACUCUAUGUCCACGGGUGCAGGCUUAUUUUCCUCCUCCGCCAGGAUCCUUCUGAAGAAAAGAAAUACAAACCUGCAGAAUUCCACUGGAAGCUGAAUCAGGUCUGUGAUGAGGAAUGGCACCACUUUGUCCUCAAUGUAGAAUUCCCAAGUGUGACUCUCUAUGUGGAUGGGGUUUCCCAUGAGCCCUUCUCUGUGACUGAAGAUUACCCACUUCACCCAACCAAGAUAGAAACUCAGCUUGUAGUUGGUGCUUGCUGGCAAGAGUAUUCAGGAGUUGAAAGUGACAAUGAAACUGAGCCUGUGACUAUGGCCUCUGCAGGUGGCGACCUACACAUGACACAGUUUUUCCGAGGCAACCUUGCUGGUCUAACAGUCCGUUCUGGGAAGCUGGCAGAUAAGAAGGUGAUUGACUGUCUGUAUACCUGCAAGGAGGGGCUAGACCUCCAGGUCCCUGACGAUGGCGGCCAAGGCGUGCAGAUCCAAGCAAGCCCCAGUCAGUCAGUAUUGACCUUGGAGGGAGACGACAUUGGAGAGUUGGACAAGGCCAUGCAGCAUGUGUCCUACCUUAACUCCAGGCAGUUCCCCACGCCUGGCAUCCGAAGGCUCAGAAUCACCAGCACUGUCAAGUGUUUUAACGAGGCCGCUUGCAUUGAGGUCCCCCCAGUUGAAGGCUACGUGAUGGUUUUGCAGCCUGAGGAACCCAAGAUCAGCCUGAGCGGCAUUCAUCAUUUUGCCCGAGCAGCUUCGGAGUUUGAGAGCUCAGAAGGGGUUUUCCUCUUCCCUGAGCUUCGGAUCAUCAGCACCAUCACAAGAGAAGUGGAGCCCGAGGGGGAUGGGGCCGAGGACCCCACAGUUCAAGAGUCCCUGGUGUCUGAGGAAAUUGUGCAUGACCUGGAUACCUGCGAGGUCACAGUGGAGGGGGAGGAGCUGAACCCCGAGCAGGAGAGCCUGGAGGUGGACAUGGCCCGGCUGCAGCAGAAGGGCAUUGAAGUGAGCCGCUCGGGCCUGGGUGUGGUCUUCACAGGUGUGGACACCAUGGCCAGCUAUGAGGAGCUCCUGCACCUCCUGCGCUAUCGGAACUGGCAUACCCGGUCCCUGCUUGACCGGAAGUUCAAGCUCAUUUGCUCUGAGCUAAAUGGCCGCUACCUCAGCAAUGAGUUUAAGGUGGAGGUGAAUGUGAUCCACACGGCCAACCCUAUGGAACAUGCCAACCACAUGGCUGCACAGCCACAGUUCGUUCACCCUGAGCAUCGCUCCUUCGUGGACCUGUCAGGCCACAACCUGGCUAAUCCUCACCCAUUCGCAGUUGUCCCCAGCACUGCCACGGUGGUGAUUGUGGUGUGUGUCAGCUUCCUGGUUUUCAUGAUUAUCCUGGGAGUGUUUCGGAUCCGGGCCGCACAUCAGCGCACCAUGCGGGACCAGGACACGGGGAAGGAGAACGAGAUGGACUGGGACGACUCCGCCUUGACUAUAACUGUGAACCCCAUGGAGACAUACGAGGACCAGCACAGCAGUGAGGAGGAAGAAGAGGAAGAGGAAGAGGAAGAGAGUGAGGAUGGUGAGGAGGAAGAGGAUAUCACCAGUGCUGAGUCGGAGAGCAGCGAGGAGGAGGAGGGUGGCCCGGGAGAUGGCCAGAACGCCACUCGGCAGCAGCAGCUGGAAUGGGACGACUCCACACUGAGCUACUAGUGCGGCGCCGGCCCCGCCCUCCGCUUCCGCCGUCCUCCCUCCCCAGCCCAGCGGGCCCACGGUGUACAAAGUUACUUCGGCCAGCAGGUCUGCAGACCCUCCCCGUCGCUUGUCGUCGUCCGCGUGCUUGGUGUGUAGGACGUUAGGCUCCCGCCCUCUGCCUGCCCUCCGCCCAGUCACUCCGCCCGCUCUGCCAGGAGCUGGAGCCUCCUCCCUGGCUGCACCUUGCUGCCACGGGGGCCCCCCGCAAUGCAGCAGCCCCGCGUGUGGCCAGAGCCCCCCGUGUGCUGGCGCCAAGCCACCGGCCCCUUCAUCUCCAAGAAGCAGCAGUGACUUGGUGACAGGGUUAGACGUGCUCGCUCUCACCAGGUAUCUGUUCUGUUCUUUUUUUUUUUUAAGAAAAUUUUUAUUUUUUCCAAACUAGUGCAUGUACAAAAUGGCAGAAUGGGGGUUAAUAUGUAGAUGACCAACUGACUUUUUAAUAUUUUGUAAAUAAAUAGGGAUUCUAUGUGUCCUUCGUGCUAGUGUAGUCCAGGAAUGUAACGCUCAGAAAGCCAGGCGCAGGGGUCCCAGGGUCCCAGUCCCGCGCCAGGCCAGGCUGGAGAGGCCUGCCCACCGCCCCUCGCCAGGCUCCUUGUGUGGUCAGGGUCACAGGCUUGGGGUGCUGCUCAGGGGACUGGGGUCCCUCUUUGGAAGCUGGAGGUGGCCAGGGCCUUGGAAUUCUACCUGUUUCUGGCUUGGCGUUGGGGGAGAGAGUGGCGCAGAUCCUUGGCUUGUUACACACGCCUCCCUUGCCCGGCGCCCUCUGCAUAGUAGCGUGGACUUGGUGUGCACAGCUGGUAGAUGAUGCUUUCCCUGCUGGCGCAGGUGUGCGUAGAGCCCACAGAGCACCGCAUGUGCACACGCACUCCCUGGUCUGUUGGGAGUCAGAGCUGGCCUGAGAGAUGUGCAUUCUUCCAAAACGAGAGCCCGAGGCCUGAAGGCGGCGUGCUGGGGUCCCCACACAGCCCCGCCUGUUCUCCUCCUCCCCGGGCCGUAUGGGACGCCCUACCACCCAUCCGAGCGGUGGGGAAAUCUGUACCCUGGUAGCCAGGAGCUUUGGGCUCAGUAGUUAGGUAAAAAGAGAGAAAGCAGUCAGAUGUAAACGCAUGCGCGCCUCGCACCGCCACAAGCGGGAGUCAUUGUUGCACACCAUCGGGGCCCUCGUGGCUAGUUUUGAGGACGCGGACAGCUGUGCUGUGAUGUGUGUGGCCGCCCUUCUGUGUCCUGUCCUUGUAGCUGCUGUAGACGAUGGAAAGAUGCUGACGCAGAGCGGGAUGUGCCCCUGUGUCCCCUUUCAGAUGUGUAUAUUGAUGCUAGGUGGGAAAGUGUAUACACUACAAUAAAACUGCGGUUCUAA